CACUUGAACAACCAAGCUCAUACACACAAUCAGAGUCGUGUGUCGACGACUACCUAGAGCCUGACUCGAUAGCCGCUCAUAAUGUCAUCGAGAGACGAGAAAAGGCGAACAGUUCCGAAGUUUGGGUCUUUCAAACCGAGGGCCCCUGACAAGUCUGAAUCGGAGGCAUCGCCGGAGCUCUCUCAUCGAGUCACUGAGAAACAACCACGCGACUCGGAGAGGCCCAGAGAGAAAAGUAGUGGCCGAGAACGAUCCCGCCACCGCUCACGCCUUGAGCCCGACCCUGGCCGUAUCCUUUCCGCAGAACGAGCACCAAAGGAGAGGUCGAGACCGGAAGCUGCUGCCAAGAAUGAAAUAUUCACCAUUGACAAGCGUGGGGACCCUUUGAUCCUCAGAUACGGCAGUAAUGACCGCUCUCGCGUUCCUCCCUAUUACCGUUAUGGUUCGGGCAAGCUCCUGGGGUCCACCGGCCUGUUGCAUAUCCAUCGGGAGGGAGCUCGAGAGGAGUUUAGCAUCAGAGGUUAUCGCGAGGGGACCUCGGCCUUUCGAGACAAAAACGUCCUCUUGGCAAAGGCCGCCAAGACACGACCACGGCGCUUCAAGCGCUUGAUAGACCAGCCCUUACCUCCAGGGACCGAGGAUUUUAUAGCCCUGGGCCCUUCGAAGAAGCGAAAGCGUGGGGAAGAAGAACCGGAGUCGUCAUCGGAUGAGGAAGGACCUACUUACAGAUUGAUAGAGGGACCAGCAAAGGCUCACGAGGACUCUGACAGUGACUUCGAGACCGACAGCGACGCCUCCGAUUGUGGCAGGGAAGUGUAUUACAUUACUCCUGCGAAAAAGAAAUCCAUCGAGCUCUCGCGGAAUGUAAAGGAUCGCCCAGAUGAUGUCAACGCCUGGCUCGAACUUAUCCAUCUACAAGACGAACUCUUCCGGGAAAACGAGGAUGACGAUCACAUACGCACCAAGGAUGAGAUCAAAGGCCUCGCCAAUCUCAAGCUAUCGAUGUUUGAGAAGGCCCUUUCUAACGCCCGAACGUCUACUGAUCGGGAGGGACUGCUCGCUGGCCUGAUGCGCGAGGGAUCGAAGGUCUGGAGUCCCCAAGAGGUCGCAAAGCGAUGGGUCGGAGCAACCGACCACCAUCCCAUGAGCUAUAGGCUGUGGAGGGCUCGCAUGGACUUUGAGCUCUCGAAUCUGGCUACAUUCUCUUACGAGAAUAUCAGGCAGCUUUUCAUCGAUCGCUUGCUCUUCCUUGCGGAAACACUAGACAAGGCCCCAGACAAGGGAAAAGCCGAUGAUGUGGCGGACCAGGCCGUCUACGUAUUCCUCAGGCUGACUCGUUUCCUUCACGACUCCGGUUUCGUCGAUUUAGCCGUCGGGGCAUGGCAGGGGAUGCUGGAAUUGCACUUCGCCCGUCCGACGCUCGACGAAGACAGCAGGAGCGCCGCGAUGUCCUCACUUGCGGAAUUUUGGGACAGUGAAGCUCCCCGUAUUGGCGAGGUCGGCGCAGAGGGAUGGAGGAAGUUCGUCGAAGGAGGUGACAGUCUCGCGGAGCCGCCAGAGGCGAAACUACAUGACGCCCAAGCUCGGCCGCACACGAGGAAUGUCUACAAAGCAUGGGCUGCGGCCGAACGGCAACGGGGUCUGGAGGCGCGCAUGCCAGCUCGGAUUGCGGACGAAGGAAAUGAGGGUGACCCUUACCGGGUGGUCAUGUUCACCGACAUCGACCCCUUCCUACUCUUUUUCCCAUCCUCGCUUCUCCCCCAUAUCAGGGAUCAGCUCCUUGACGCUUACCUCUUGUUCUGUGGCUUGCCCCCGGCAUUUAUGUCCGGCGACAUUUUAAAAUCCGCCCUGAACGACUCCUUCGUCUACGGCGGCAGUCUGGACCUCAGGAGAGACCUAAAUAGAGGUUCUGAGCGAGUCGAUGUCCUAGAAGAAAGCCACCGACGGUCCCCGAGAUUCAGACAGGACGGCUCCCACAUGGCCAUCUCGUCUGACGUCCUAUUUUCGGGACCUAACUGGUUUUCAUACCUGAGGAGCUGGCGGGAACUGUACGACGAGCAAGACGAGUCGGUCGAGAGGUCUUCCGUCCUCAAUACGCUGCGGCAACUGGUUCGCGUCUUUGGCAUGGAGGAACUCGGCGAAUACUGUCUCGCCAUGCAAUGGUUGGAAGAACCUCUCGGUGCGAAGAAAGCUGCCAAGGCGAUGCUGAAGCAAUAUCCCUCGAGUACCCGUCUAUACAACGCGUACGCCUUGAUUGAAUGGGGUAAUGGGAAUUUGGACGUCGCCCAGAAAGUCCUUGCGUCGGUCACCGGCCAGGGCUUGGUAAGACCACCUGCAGCCUCUCUUUUCUCCGUGGAGGAUGGUAUUAACAUCCUAAUUAAGUCGCCGGGUUCUGCGAGUCAGUUGCUUUGGAACACUUGGGCUUGGAUCGAACUUGAGGCUAGAGAGCAGCAAUCGGCCGUUGCACGCCUUUGUUCGUCCAUCGACGGACGUGGCCUGAGUUUGCCAAUAUCGCCCUCGCUCGUGCUCAAGGCUAGAUCCCAUUUCUCCGGUAGGCAAGACUAUUCGCUGUCCGCUGGGGCUUUUGAAGACGCUCUCGGGUUCGCGAUAAGCCUUACUCUUCUGGACUAUCUGAGCUCUAGCGGGGGAGACGAGCCAGCUUCCGAGGGUCAGGGCAACAUAUCUGCUGCUAUGCUUCGGAUCCAAGCCUUCUCCGACGAACUAUCGUCUCGGGGCUUGAUGCGAUCGUCAGUUCAGGAGCGAUUUUUGCAGUCUGCCGCCAGGCUUAUUUAUUUCCAUGCCAGCCACGGUCCGUUCCGCCCCGUCUUUGUUCGGGAGCAACUCCAGAGAUUCGUCACCCUUUUCCCCCGAAAUACCAUCUUCCUCUCCCUCUUCUCCUGGGCCGAGUCCAGCCUCCGUAUCGACGACCCCGUCCGCGCCAUCCUCCAACAGGUGGUCCUCGCAGAGCCAUACGACUGCGUCGGCAGCCGCGUGUUCGGCAUCCGACACGAGCUCCAGUUCGGCAACGUCCACUCCGCCAGGGCCGCGUUCGAGAGCUCCGUGGGCAGCGAGGCCUGCAGGGGGAACGCGCGGCUGUGGAUAUGUUACACGCGCUUCUGCCGCUGCAGGAAGGAGCUGAGGUCGAGGGCUAAGGAGGUCUUUUAUAGAGCCAUUACUCAUUGCCCUGGGUCGAAGGAGCUGUACAUGGAGGCGUUCACUACCCUGAUAAGGGAUAUGGACUCUUCUGAGCUGAAAUCUGUCUUCAGAGCCAUCACGGCCAAGGGACUGCGCGUCCAUGUGGAUUUAGACGAGUUUAUGCAGAUGUAGUAACAGCAGCUGCCAGGGGGUAUGGCAAUCUGCAUCAACAUGGUUCUUCCUUGCCAUC